CCAAAGUCACUCACGUCAACGUCAAUCCAAAAAUUAUUGACAGUGACACUUGAUAAUAUUAUUCGUCAUUUCAGUAACUUUAAAUUACUACAAAAUUUUACCAAAAAAACUAAUUCAUUAUUUGCAUCAUAAUUGUGAUCUUAGUUAGAUUACAAUUAAAAGAUUAAGAUGGAAAUAUCGUUUAAGGGAAAGCGAAUACUAGUUACCGGCGCUGGGCAAGGUAUCGGUCGAGGUAUAGCAGUUGAACUUUGGCGAGCUGGAGCAAAUAUAGUAGCACUUUCGAGAACAAGAUCUCAUUUAGAAACCCUACAAAGUGAAUAUCCCUCUAUCGAUAUAGUCGAUGUGGAUUUAGCCGAUUGGGAAAAAACUCGGGCUGUUGUUGAAUCAUUAGGACAUUUUGAUGCUUUAGUGAACAAUGCAGCUGUUGCAAUUUGUGAACCAUUUCUCAAUUGCACCCCUGGGGACUUCGACAAGACUUUUGAUAUAAAUGUAAAAGCUGUCCUGAACAUUAGUCAAGUGGUUGCACGGAAAAUGGUAGAGAAUAAGACCCAUGGAGCAAUUGUCAAUAUAUCUUCUCAAGCUUCAAAGGCAGCUUUGAAAGACCAUGCUAUUUAUAGCGCAUCAAAAGCUGCACUUGAUGCAUUGACCCGUGCUAUGGCAUUAGAACUUGGCCCACAUGGUAUUCGAGUAAAUGCAGUCAACCCAACAGUCAUUAUGACAGCAAUGGCCAAAGUUGGAUGGUCAGAUCCGGAUAAAGCUGCAGAGAUGAAAGCUAAAAUACCACUGGGAAGGUUUGGAGAAGUAUCUGAAGUAGUAAAUGCUGUAGUUUUCUUGCUAAGUGAAAGAUCUAGUAUGAUUAAUGGUGUUGAAUUGCCCAUUGAUGGGGGAUUCCUUGCCACAUAGAUGACAUAAAAAGUAUAAAACUUUAUUAUCUAUAAGGGUUUAGUAUCUGAUUUAUGGUCAACUGUUCCGAGAUCUGUUAAUUUGAUUAAUUUUUAUGUAUAUUAAUUACC